AUGGCGUGCGACCUGCUCGCGGCCGCAGAUCGCUACGACCUGGAGAAGCUCCGGCUCAUGUGUGAAGAGGUACUGUAUGAAAGCAUGGAUGCCGCUUCUGUCAUGCCGACUCUGUUGGUGGCGCAUGGCCGGUACAACUGUCGACAACUCGAGGCCUCUUGCAUCGAUUACCUGGCGUCCGAUGCCGACGUGUACGCCUCCGUCAGAGCAACAGAUGAGUACAGGAAGCUAGAAGAGAGCUGCAACUCCUUGGUAGUAGAGGUCAUGGACAAAGUCUCCACACAAAGAUUAGCCGACAGCUCCUCCUCCUUCGACACCGCCAGAAACCCCACACGGGCAAAGAAGAUGAGUGUUUCGACGUAUGAUGCGUCCAAGGUGGUCAGCGGCACACAUGAGAUGAGGAUUCCCAACUUUGGUGCUCUUUAUCGAAAAAAAAGAAGGACCUAUGGUGUUGGUAGAGAAAUACAGUCCAACACUUUCGAGAUCGAUGGUUAUGAUUGGAAGCUGGUGGUAGACCCAGCAGGAAAGAACCCGGAAAAUGAAGAGUGUGUCUACGUAUCCGCUGAGUUGUUCACUGAUCCAGGAACUGCCGAUGUCGGAGGCGUCCCUUGUGGUGUCGGAGCGCCGCCGCCCAGCAUUGCUCGGCACCUCAAGGAGCUACUAGCCAACGAGAAGGGGUCGGAUGUGACAUUCCUUGUCGAAAACAGAGAGAUUCGAGCGCACAAGCUCCUCAUUGCUGUGAGGUCUCCCGUCCUAUUCGAGAUGGGGGUGGCCAACAAGGCACACCACUUUGUACCGGUCGCCGAUAUGAAGGCUGCGGUCUUUGAGGCCAUGCUGCACUUCAUCUACACCGGUGAGCUGCCACCUAUGGAACACUUAGCCCUUGCCACCAGUAGUGGCACCAAGGAUAUAUCCUUUGCUAUGAAAGAAAUAACCCUUGCUAGUAGUUUUUUGGUGGACGGUGGCUUGUUGAUUGUCGGAGACAUAAUGGCUGCGGCAUGCAGGUUCAGUCUUGACAAGAUGAAGGCCAAGUGCGAGACCUUGCUAGCGGGGUCCAUCAAGAAAGAGAACGCAGAGAGCAUGCUCACGCUGGCACGCCAGCACAGCUGCUCAAAGCUCGAGGAUUACUGCGCCCAGUUUCUCUUAUCGGGAUAUGUGACUCAUUACAGAGAACGGGCUGAACACGAUAUGCUAGAAAGGAUUCGCUCUUCUUUUUUCAUGUGA